AUGAGUUUAGACAAUGACAACACACCCAAAGGAGGAGUGGGGAAUAGACUCUCCAAGCCGGGGCUGGGUGGCGCCGCAGAGCGGGGCGUAGGGGAAGCCCGAUUGGAAGAGGCGGUCAACCGCUGGGUGCUCAAGUUCUACUUCCACGAGGCGCUGCGGGCCUUUCGGGGUAGCCGGUACGGGGACUUCAGGCAGAUCCGGGACAUCAUGCAGGCUUUGCUUGUCAGGCCCUUGGGGAAGGAACAUACCGUGUCCCGGCUGCUGCGGGUUAUGCAGUGUCUGUCACGCAUUGAAGAAGGGGAGAAUUUAGACUGUUCCUUUGAUAUGGAGGCUGAGCUCACACCACUGGAAUCAGCUAUCAAUGUGCUGGAGAUGAUUAAAACCGAAUUUACAUUGACAGAGGCAGUGGUCGAAUCCAGUAGAAAACUGGUCAAGGAGGCUGCUGUCAUUAUUUGUAUCAAAAACAAAGAAUUUGAAAAGGCUUCAAAAAUAUUGAAAAAACAUAUGUCCAAGGACCCUACAACUCAGAAGCUGCGAAAUGAUCUCCUGAACAUUAUCCGUGAAAAGAACUUGGCACAUCCUGUUAUCCAGAACUUUUCCUAUGAGACCUUCCAGCAGAAGAUGCUGCGCUUCCUGGAGAGUCACCUGGAUGAUGCAGAACCCUACCUCCUCACGAUGGCCAAGAAAGCUUUGAAAUCUGAAUCUGCUGCCUCAGCUACAGCAAAGGAAGAGAAACAGCCAGCACCAGAGCCUGUGGAAAAGCCAACCCGAGAACCUGUAAGGCAGUUAAGGAAUACUCCAACCACCAUUGGAAUUAUGACUCUGAAAGCAGCUUUCAAGACUCUGUCCAGUGCACAGGAUUCUGAGGCAGCCUUCUCAAAACUGGACCAGAAAGACCUAGUACUGCCUAAUCAAGUAUCCCCACCAUCACCAGCCCUCAAAAACAAGAGACCGAGAAAAGAUGAAAAUGAAAAUUCAGCCUCUGCUGAGGGUGAGGGUGGCUCUGAACUGCAACCCAAGAACAAGCGCAUGACAAUAAGCAGAUUGGUUUUGGAGGAGGACAGCCAGAGUACUGAACCGAACACAGGCCUCGACUCCUCCCAGGAUGACGGUCCAGCAUCACCAUCCAAGCCCACUGUUCCAAACCAACCCCUCCUUGGGGAGAAGAAUCCCAAAGUACCCAAAGGCAAGUGGAACAGCUCUAAUGGGGUUGAAGAAAAAGAGUCUUGGGUGGAAGAGGACGAACUGUUUCCAGUUCAGGCAGCACCAGCAGAUGAAGACAGUGCAACCAGUAUAACAAAAAAGCAGAAAUGGACUAUAGAAGAAAGUGAGUGGGUCAAAGCUGGAGUACAGAAAUACGGGGAAGGAAACUGGGCUGCCAUUUCUAAAAAUUACCCAUUUGUUAACCGAACAGCUGUGAUGAUUAAGGAUCGCUGGCGGACCAUGAAAAGACUUGGCAUGAACUGAAACAGGCUUUCAAUUCCACUGAAUUCAUAGGAGUGUAGUUCCUAAUAAUAUCCCUUGGUAGUCUGUUUCAGAAGCUGGGCUGGCUGAGAAUUUUGGGCAUCUUCCUCCAACACUGAGGGGGGGGGCGGAGGUCCCAGUUUCAUGUUACUGCUCUUGGAGCUGAGAAACAAAGCCAAGUUCACCCCAUAUCUUUGGCAGAGAUGACAGGCACAUAGCUUGUACAGUGCCAGAAUAUCAUUAGUAUUUCCCUUCUUUAGUGGUUUGCUUGAACUUAAAUUCCUGGUAAUUAGUAGAACCUCUCCUAGGAAAUGGUGGAGUCUCUUAGGAGCCACUUUUUGACUUCACAACCUGUUAAAACCAGCAAAAAGAGCAUUAUUUGGAGUGAACAUAAUCCAGGUAAAGCUUUGGCCUUCUGAUGCAAAUGCGAAGGAACUUUGUAAUGAGCCCUGGGUGAUGAGACCAGUCCUGGUAAAAUCAGAGUCCUUUGUUAAAACUGCUUAGCCUGUUGUGACAUCAGUACUGAGACUUGACUGUCUUAGCAUUUGCUUGUAUUAUUUGCUGGGCUGCACAGACAGGUUUAACCUCCAUUUCUCAUGUGGUUGAACCAAUGUGUUUUUUGGUAAAAUGGUGAUUAUAGAUAAAACUUAGCCUCUUCCUAUGCUCCCCUGCCAAUUUCCUACCUAUGCCGAACUUUUAAAGCCUAAAAGAAAAUCCCAAUUGAAUAUAAAUGUCUAAUUCCAUUCUUUGUGAAAUGGUAGCUCCCGCUUGAUUCCCUAGUUGUGCUGUGUUAGUGUCUUGCACUGAAAUUCAACAUUCCCUUCUCCUUUUUCCUUUUGUACUGUGUUGUGCUUGCUGUUUCUUGGGCAUCCUUAAAGACUUUUUAGCAAAAAAAAAAAAA